UUCAUCGCUGAAUUUUUUUCCCUUUUUUACGAGUCACGCUAAAGGAAAUGAUUCUCCGUAAAUCAAAUGCAGUGCGGACUUCACGUUCUCGUGUCGCGCGGGGACGUUCGCGCAAGUUGCGUGCGUCGCGACGCGUCGCGGUGUCUCUGCGUGUCACGUACAGCGGGGCAUCCUACUUGCGUAGCCGUAGCCGUGCCGCGCGCGUCGCAAUUGCGCAUAUUGCACGACACGCGGCCACACCGAGGGUCAAGUGUGGCGAGUUCGCCAGCUGCAACGUCGUUGCGUCGCGCGCGAAGAGAGACGGGUGUUGUCCUUUUUUUUCCCUUCCUCGAAGAGGAGAGUCUCCGACGCGCGGCGGACGCGGGACCGUGUCGCGUCGCGUCGCAGCUUAACGUAACGUUUACGUGACGUGACGUCGCGACUCUCUCGUCGAGUCGGGAGCGGCGCCUGAUCGUGCGGAGACCCGCUUCCUCCGAGGCGGCGGCGGCCAGAAGCGCGAAGAUCGCGUACAUCUCGCGGGAGGACAUGCCGGACAGCGGGGCGGUCUACCAGCCGACCACCGUCGGCUACACGUACGACAGCGGCGGCGACGGCAGCGGCGGCGGCGGUGGCGGCGGCGGCGGCGCCGCCGGGCUCAGGCACGGCUUCUGGCGCGUCGUCGCCAGGCACAAGCUCAGCUCCAGGAAGUGGCUCGAGUGGACGCUGCUGUCGGUCGCGCUCUGCUUCUUCGUCGCCGGCCUCACCACGAUGCUCGUCAGCCUCGUCUCCGCCGAGGACGAUCCCCCGAGCGACGACGCCGUGCCGAAGGUGACACCAGAGGAACAUCCAACGGAGACACCGGACGUGCAGCAGCACGUCGAAAGUACAGGGAAGAGCUCCGUGGCGUUGGGCGCCGGGAUAAUGCUGGUCGGUGUGCUGCUUGGCUUUGUUUGGACAUGGCUGAGCUUCUUCCACCACAGCAAAUCGCCGAGGAACGGCAUGACGAGUAGCAGCGGUCAGAUGUUGGGCGGUUUGAAUCCAUCGACUGACUUGCUGGUGGGUUCCACUUCGCAGUACGGGCCGGUACUCACAGAGGUGCCAAGCCAGCUGAAGAUAAAGCAAGCCAGCGCGCACGACAUGCCGGCCAUACCGCUCUCCGACCAAGAGGAGGAAACGCACACGUUAAUGCAGAACUCGGCGAGCCCGCCGUCGGUGUCCGUUGGAUCUAACACCAUCGCUAAUCAAAUCCCAGGUUGAGUAAACCGUUCGCUCCCUGUACGCGCGUACGACUGGCACGCGGACGCGUAGCUUUCGUUUUAUAAAUUUUCUAACGUGUACCGGAAGCGUUUAUUAUCGUUUUCGCGACCUUGCGAGUGCUGUUCGUUCGAAGCUUGAAGAAGGAACUUUUUCUUUUCUGAUCUUCAAGCCGCGGCGUUUAUUGCACCGUUACAUUGACACGGAUCUUGCGAUUCGGAAAUUUUAUUCCACCUCAAAAGAGUAGGACACUUUACGAGUUUAUAGACUUUUUUUUUUUAUUUAGACUUAGGCAAAUGCGAUUUGAGAGAUCUCGUUUACAGUUAGGGCGUUGUACUUAUUUCUUUCUUCUUGCAUUUUUGCUUGUGUGCAUUACCCCACUCCGUCCACUAUUGUCAUUAAUAUGUUAAGUAAGCAUUGGAUCCAGAUAGAAGAGAAAAAAAAAACAGUUGCGACAACGCGUCGCGUAGUUUUGAUGACGAUUCUGAUAUUGAACUGAAUUACUUACACAAGGUGUCAUUUAAUUUACAUUUAUAUUAUUAAAUAAGUAUAAUUUUCACUACACACGCAUAUACGCUUUAUGCAAACUUUGCACGCGUCUAGGCAAAUCUAAAUCAUUUUGCCUCGAUUUAAUAUGCUCAUAAUAUCGGUACGUAUACCAUGUAUUUAAGUACCAAAUCUAAAUUAGUAAUAACAAUAGCAAUUACUAUUGACAAUAUAUAUUGUAAAUUAAACGCAUAUUGGUACAUACAUAUAUCAAUUAAGUCGGUAAUUGUUACUCCAAUUAGUAUACAAAACGACUAUGUAUAUAUUAAUGUAAUGUGUAUAUAUAUAUAUAUAUAUAUAUAUUAAUGAAACACAUUAAAAAGGAAACGACUACAGUUUUAGAGAACGCUUGAUUAAAAAUGUUCAUGAUGUGCUUAUGCCGCGACAAGCCACAAGCAUGCACAACUUUAAUUUUCGUUUAUUCUACGUUUUGAUGUUUGAUUUGUAAUAUAUACGAUUAUGUAUAUUAUUUUACAUCGCACAUGAUAUUAUUAUAAAAUAAUUUUAUACAAUGGACACAUUUUCUUCAACGGGACACUCUAUUUGCGCACACUUUUUAUGAUUUUAUAUAAUAAAGUUAAUUGAUCUUUCACGUAGACGUAGUAUAAACAUAGAGUACAUCCUGUAAGAUAUCUUUAAUGGUAUAUGUAAUACGUUAAUUCCGGGCAUGGUACAUAAUAUUGUAUAAAACACCGAUUCGAGAUAAUUUUUAUAAAUAUAUGUCUGUCGUUUCUCGCUGAAACGACGCGUUCAGUUUUGUAGCGUGCGAUAAGAAUUUUAGAGGAAACGUCAAAGGACGGCCUGUAAGUUUGUCUGAAUUCAAUGCUGUUACCGUAUCAAUCACACAGCCUCAUUUUUUUUUAACAUUCACGUGAGAUCGUUACGCCUGCGUUACUGACUCGUAUACUAAUUUAUGUAAAUGUUCUGGACUGUAAGACGAAUAAACAUUAACAAAAA